UCUGAGUCCUCCGGAUGCCGCAGGACAAGAUUCUGAGGAAUGUAAGGUAUUGGAUAACAAAUACUACGCCGCCAAUUCGCUAGCUUCCCAUCUCUCUAGUUGCUACACGUUUUAUAGAGCUGUGCUAUAAAUGACUUUGAAAUUCUUUGGCGAUCUAUUUCCAUAGUUACGCAGUAUAAAGUACAGCUAUUUUGGGGAGUUUCUGUGCAAAAGAAGAAUGCCUUACGUUUGCAGAAUUGGAUUUUGUACACAGUUUAAAAAUAAAUCGUUUAUGUUGGCGCUAAUUAAAUACGUUCUCACGAUCAAUUUGUUCCUUAUAAAUUGCACCGAUGCGUCUUCAAGGGUUUGUAGGAAACUUAAACAUGGAUUAGAAGAUAGUUUGAGAUACGAGCAUGUUCAAGAGACUGGAGUAAAGCAGUGCCCGCCCUCUUCAUCACCAUUCAGCGUGUAUAGAGUAACAUCUGGAAAUAGCAGCUGCGGGCAGCAAUUGCUGCUAGUAUGCUGGGUCAAAGAUGUAAAAAGAUUUGCCUUACAAUUCGAAAAUUCCGUUCACAUUGAUGAUGUCAUAUCCGUUAAAGGAGUACAAACUCGCUCAUGUAUCAACAAGAAUGACACGAUAUUCUACCGCAGAAAGCAUAAUAAAGAUGUUACAUUUCAUGUACUGCUGACCCUUCCAGCGAUAAAAAGUGUGCCUUUUGUUUUCAGGGCCUACUACAGUCACAAAAAUAAUGGUAUUUACUACGGACAUCAUAGAGUGCUGCAGUAUAAAUACAGUGGAGAAACACACAAAAGAAGAAAAAGAAGUACAGUCACAACAGCACAGAUUACACCUGCAAGUGAAUGUGGAAGCACCAGAAAUUGCUUUAGAAAUGGGGAGGAAGGAUGUGACCAUUUUGACUGUACAUACUUCCUGUCAUACAAAACAACAGACAAACUUGUUGAUAUAGAAUUAAGUGCGAAAACUAAUGGCUGGGUUGCCGUCGGUUUUUCGUCGGAUACUAAAAUGGGUGGAGACGAGGUCAUUGCUUGCCGGAAAACAAGAGAAGACACAGUUGAAUCAGGAUCGUACAAAAACCAAUACUCGCACCAAGAUCCAAAGGUCAUAUCUGGAGAUAAUGUUGUCACAUUAAAGUCAUUUCAGGUUAAAGACGGGUAUAUCUACUGUCACGUGUCACGGCCAUUGACUGUAAGAAUGAGCGUCCAUCAAGACCUGUCCAACGAUUGGUACCAGCUUUAUGCAUAUGGACCUGUAUCUUCAAGUGGGGAAUUAGAGAAACAUUAUGUAACACCACUUGUUUCAAGGAAGAUUUCAGUGUUUCGGAAAAUGAACAUUCUCACGAGUGGUUCAGAAAAACUCAUACCUAUAGUGAAUAUUGUUUUUGUAUUUGUAUUUGUACAUUACUGUCAUUUUAUUCAAAAUUGACACUUUUUAUUUGAUUAUAUUUUAAAUCUGGCCUUUCAAAUCGAUGUUUGGUAGGUGUGCCAGAGUAUAUAAUGACUUGCCUUUAUGUAAAUUCAUAGAAUAAUGAUAAUAAAUUAAUGUAAAAUUACAUGAACCAAAGUUUCGCAUUAAAUUUUCGUAAACUAUGUCAUUUAAAAACAAAAUGUUAAACAGUACGAAUAAAUUUUAUGUCUACUGGACGAACGAUAUUUCCACAGAAAUAAUUCAUCUGACGGAAACAUGAUUUGUUAUCGAAUUCUAAUUCAAAAUUCUCUGUAUUUCCGUCUUAAUCAAAAGUGUUCCGAUGAUGUGGUAAUUUGUUAAAUUGUAUAUAUUGUAUUUUUACACAAAUCUGUAUUUACAUUUUGUAAUUUAUUGACUGUUUGAUAAAUUGACUUCUUGUUUGCCUUCUCGAUUGAAUGCUUAUUGACUAGUUGAAUGAAUGAAUGAAUGAAUGAUUGAUUGAUUGAUUGAUUUUUGAAAAUUUUGCCACCUCUAUAUGCAUUAAUUGUGUGUUACAAUGCAUGUAGGAAAUGUUAUAUUACCGCUUGUGUGCUUUUUCUAUAACAAGUCACCUUUGCAAUACAAAUAUAUCCUGCAUGGUUUUCCUUAUAAUCGUCUUCUGUAACACAGUCUGUGGCUUUAGAGUGUUAAUAUACCAAAUCGAUUACUUUAUACAGCUGUGGCUUCAACCAGUUAGUAAAUGGUUCUGACAGCUUCAUAUGAAAAAUGUGUCUAUGGUCUUAUUUUGGUCAACGACGAAGAAAAUGACACACAUUGUAUAAUUUACAGAAGACAUAAAGAAAAUAAAGGCCUGUUUAAUACCAUAUCCAGUCUGUGUUUAUUAAACCGUUUUCUAUCGCAAUGGUAUUUCAUCUAUGUUUCUAUAGCCCUCUUGUUAAAAAUUACAUUGUUAGCACAAUGAAAUCAUCGCAUAAGUAAUUGAUGUCCAGGUGCAAAAACAGAUACAAUACUUACGGAACGAUCAAGGAUGAUAAAGAAUUAGUUUUAAAUUUCAAUGAAAAGUAAUUUACACAUACUUUUUACGCAAAGAAAACAAUCUUAGACACCUACUCAAAAAGCAAACAGCUUUCAUCCCGAACGUAUUGCGAUAGGUUAUUUUCAUUUUACGUAUCAUCUUAAAUAGUUACAUUUUACUUUUGAGCAAGUACAUAUAAAUUUUCUACAAAACUGUGGUGGUAUUGAAAUGGAAAUGGUCCGUGUAUAUGAUAUUUUAAAAUGAUACGCAAAUUACACACAGCUUUACAUUUAUUUAAAAGUUUGUUAAUUGGAUAACAUUUUAAAUGUAGUUGAAACUAUGCUGAAGUCUGCUAUUCUGGCAUGUAAUUGUUUGAAAAAAAACUGUGCUGGAGGUCGGUAGAUUGAAAUGAAUCCGACUGAAAAGAUAAACUUCUAAACGUGUAUACUGUUUAUAUUAUUUUCUGUUGAUCUAAUGUUGAUGAACUUGAGACAUUUAAGGUUUUUUUUUGUUGAUAGCGUAAAUGCUAUUGGUAUGGCCAUAUUUAUCAGCAGCAGCUGCUGUGCUUUUCAUUUUGAGAAAUGAACCAACGUAUCCCAGAUUGAAUUAUAAGGCAAUGUCCGUGUGACUUUAUGUUAAGGUCGCUGAGUGUUGUGUUUCUUUUGUACAUCACUCAUAUUCACGCAUAUAAUAAUAUAUAAUUAUAUAAACAGUAAAUGGGUAAGAAUACAUAUUUUUGUAUAUUGUAUAGUGAAGCGAUAGAUAUGUAUUUAAUAACAUUUUUAGAAGUGUUAUGUGUAUUUUAGUUAUUGAUGUAAAUAUGUUUAAAUGCUUGGGAUACACUGUAUCUAUGUAACUUUUGCUUCUACGGCUGUACUGCCUUCGUUGGAGGGAUCUUUCAGCAAAAUGCAAUUAGUUUCCAAUGCAUCAAAAUCUUCAUUUUAUUGUUAAGCUCUAUCAAAGUGCUGUACUGUUACCAGUAAUUCCAUUGCGUUCCAAAAAUGUCAGAGAAAAGCUUUCAAGACAUCAAAUAUGAUUAGAACUUGUCUGAGCAAUAAGUUGUUUUUCAAAGAUUUCACUUUAUUGUUUGAAUUUGUACUGAUUCAUUGCCUAACUUUGUAUACUGCUGUGUAAUAUAAAACUUAUAUGUACUCUCGUAUUUUUCAUAUUAAUUAAAUCUUGAUAUUAAAU